GCGUCUGUCCUCCUCCCGCUCAUUCCUCCUCCUCCUCCUCCUUCAUCCACUUCUUUCUCCUCUGCAUCUUCACUACACGCAGGGACAGAGCUGAGCGAAAAUGGUCACGCCAUGUCGGAUCUUGUGUCGCCUGAGUACGUUGGUUCUUGUCUUUCUGGUUGUCGGAGCAAUGUCCAGAUCGGUGAACCGCGACUCGUCUCGAUCCAAGAACGUCGAGACUGGAGCGCUUCGGAGCUCAAGCUCGAACUACUCAUCCAUGGCGUCUUCACGCUCUAAAGAGGCCGAUCACCUGAACGAGCAAACGGUUGAUGACCCGGAGAAGGUCGCUUCCAUGGUCGACAUGAUCAUCAGGAACAGCACAGAAAGGAGGAACUUGGGCUUCUUCUCUUGCGGUACUGGCAAUCCGAUCGAUGACUGCUGGCGCUGCGACCCGAAGUGGCACCUCAACCGCAAGCGUCUCGCCGACUGUGGCAUCGGUUUCGGCAGGAAUGCCAUCGGCGGCCGCGAUGGGCGAUUCUAUGUGGUGACUGACCCCGGCGACGACGACCCGGUUAACCCGAGGCCUGGCACGCUGAGGCACGCUGUUAUCCAGGAUGAGCCCCUGUGGAUCAUGUUCCAGCGCGACAUGGUGAUACAGUUGAAGCAGGAGCUGAUCAUGAACAGCUUCAAGACCAUCGACGGGCGCGGGUCUAACGUCCACAUCGCGAACGGGGCGUGCAUCACGAUCCAGUUCAUCACCAAUGUGAUCAUCCACGGCCUUCACAUCCACGACUGCAAGCCCACCGGCAAUGCCAUGGUCAGGAGCUCGCCGAGCCACUACGGUUGGCGGACCAUCGCUGAUGGUGAUGCUGUAUCCAUUUUCGGGUCGAGCCACAUCUGGGUCGACCACAACUCUCUCUCCAGCUGCGCGGAUGGCCUUGUUGAUGCCGUGAUGGGCUCGACUGCAAUCACUGUUUCCAACAACCAUUUCACCCACCACAACGAGGUGAUGCUGCUCGGACAUAGCGAUUCCUACACGAGAGACAAGUUGAUGCAAGUGACUAUCGCUUACAACCAUUUCGGCGAAGGACUGAUCCAGAGAAUGCCAAGGUGUAGACAUGGCUACUUUCAUGUGGUGAACAAUGACUACACUCACUGGGAAAUGUACGCAAUCGGCGGAAGCGCCGAACCCACCAUCAACAGCCAGGGCAACCGAUAUGCCGCCCCGGGCAACCCCUUCGCGAAGGAGGUGACCAAGAGGGUGGACACUGCUGCGGGCCAGUGGAAGAGCUGGAACUGGAGGUCGGAGGGAGAUCUCCUGCUGAACGGCGCCUAUUUCACUCCGUCAGGGGCCGGGGCAUCGGGCAGCUACGCCCGAGCCUCCAGCCUCGGGGCCAAGCCUUCUUCCAUGGUCGGGUCCAUAACCUCCGGCGCUGGCCCUCUCCCCUGCCGGCCCGGCCGCUCUUGCUAGCCUCAAAAGGGGCACUUUUUCCAAUUCUUGGUAUACAUAGUCAUACUCUUCACAGUGCAGUCACAGAACACACCCGUUGUCUAUACCCACAAAAGAUACCGAAAAGAGUUCACAUUCGUUUCGAAUGUUACCAGACUGAGUGUAACGAUUCACACCUAGUCCGUCGCCAUGGUGCCGGCGAUCGCAACCUCAACCUCGGCCCGCUUCAACCGGAAGGGAAAGCGAGCCCCACAUUUGGAGCAGGUGCGGAAGCGGGUCGACCCGUUCGUGCGCACGUGCCAUGUUCGGCGCUAUCCGCGUCCCUCGGCCGCGACCGUCAGAUACUAAAGCUUUUCUUACAGUGAGUGUGCUCAAGAGUCCUGUAGUGUUUGUCGUUCAUAAGUACGAUCAAUUGUAUGCAAAAUGCAAGUGUGAGUUAGAGCCUUGUAAAACAAUGUGAUUUACAGGUAAUGCCGCAAUUAGCAAAA